UUUGCGGAGGGACCUACCUGUACUGCUGUCGCGCUGGCCGGAAGAGAAAGGUGCAACCUUUAGAAGGCUCCCCUUUAGAAGACUCCCAUAGUGGUGGGUAUCGGAAAGCUUCCGCGGCACCGGGAAGUUUGUGAGAUGCCGAGCGGAGGCCGCUGCCCCGACUGCGGCUCCACUGAGCUCGUGGAAGAUUCGCACUAUUCGCAGAGCCAGCUGGUGUGCUCCGACUGCGGCUGCGUGGUCACCGAAGGAAUCCUUACCACCACCUUCAGCGACGAGGGCAACCUCCGAGAAGUAACAUAUUCUCGAAGCACAGGGGAAAAUGAACAAGUUAGUCGCAGUGAACAACGAGGGCUCCGCCGAGUGAGGGACCUCUGUCGAGUUUUGCAGUUGCCAUCAACAUUUGAGGACACAGCAGUGGCCUACUAUCAACAGGCAUACCGGCACUCUGGCAUCCGUGCUGCCAGACUGCAAAAGAAGGAGGUGCUGGUUGGGUGCUGUGUCUUAAUCACCUGCCGGCAGCAUAACUGGCCCCUAACCAUGGGAACCAUCUGCACCCUGUUGUAUGCAGAUUUGGAUGUGUUUUCUGGCACAUACAUGCAGAUAGUGAAGCUCCUAGGGCUGGAUGUGCCAUCUCUGUGCUUGACAGACCUGGUGAAGACUUACUGUGGCAGCUUCAGACUGUUUCAAGCCUCCGCAUCUGUGCCAGCCAAAUACGUGGAAGACAAAGAGAAGAUGCUGUCCCGAACACUGCAGUUGGUGGAGCUGGCAGAUGAAACAUGGCUGGUGACUGGACGGCAUCCCUUGCCUGUCAUCACUGCCGCUACUUUCCUGGCUUGGCAGUCGUUGAAGCCUUCAGAUCGUUUGACAUGUUCCCUGGCCCGAUUUUGUAAAUUAGCAAAUGUGGACCUGCCCUACCCUGCUUCUUCCCGCUUACAGGAGCUGCUGGCUGUGCUACUGAGGAUGGCUGAGCAGCUGGCCUGGUUGCAGGUUCUGAAACUUGACAAACGGUCUGUGGUGAAGCACAUCGGCGAUCUGCUCCAGCACCGCCACACACUGCUGCGCAAGGCCUUUCGAGAAGGAACAGCAGAGGUGGAGGCCCAGAAGGAGCUGCAGGAACAGGGACAGGGGCAAGGACAGGGAAAAGAAGUGGGGAGCAGUUCCUUAGAUUUGCCUGAGGGGAAGCGACCAGCUAGUCCUGCCCUCCUCCUCCCACCCUGCAUGUUGAAGCCCCCAAAGCGGGUCUGUCCUACCCCCCCUGUCUCCACGGUCACUGGAGAUGAGAACAUUUCUGAUAGUGAAAUAGAGCAGUAUUUGCGUACCCCUCAGGAAGUUAGGGACUUUCAGAGAGCUCAAGCUGCUAGACAGGCUGCCACCAGUGGUCCUAACCCUCCCUGAUGCAAUCGGGGGUGGGGGGCCCUCCACCUCGUUUUGACAGCAGCUUGAUAAUAGGCCUGUCAUAGCUAGAGAAAUAAGUGUAUACAAGUCUUUAGGUGUUGUCUUUCCUGUUUAAAGGAGCUAAGUGGGACUUUGCAGUUCAUUGGAACCCGAGUCCUGGAGCAGACAUCGGGAGUGCAGGGGUGCCUGGGUUGGGCAGAGUCCCCCCCCCCUUGGUGCUAAAGAGCAGGUUGCAUAUGUUCACUUUCUGUGGAUGGCUUUCCCGGGAGAGGGUCAGGCUCUCUCCUGCUCCUGGUUUGAAUUGGAUUCAGUGCUGCUACUGCGCUGAUGGGGCCUCCUUGCUGGUGUGGAGCAGUUGGCA